AUGGCUUGUCUGAGCCAAGAGGCCCUGGUUUCUCUUCAUAAAACGCUGUCUGAGCAUGAAACUGAGGAAAAACAAACCAAAUGUUUUGGUUCUUUCUCUUCUACGCCUUUGGAGAAAGUUUUCCCCGUUUAUGCCAUGGGAAUUCCCAACUCAAAUUCUCUCUCUGUCAGAGAAUCUUCUCCUCACCAUUUGGAUUGUCCUGACCCAAUUUGGGACGCUGUCAGAGUUGAAGCCAAGCUGGAGGCAGAAAGGGAGCCAAUUUUAAGUAGCUUCUACUAUGCCAGUAUUCUGUCACAUGAAUGCUUGGAGCAAGCAUUGGCGUUUGUUAUUGUCAAUCGUCUCCAAGAUCCUACUCUUUUGCCAACUCAGCUAAUGGAUAUAUUUUGUAAAGUGAUGAUGCAUGAUAAAGGUAUCCAGCGAUCUAUUCGCUUGGAUAUCCAGGCAUUUAAAGAUCGGGAUCCUGCUUGUUUGUCAUAUUCCUCAGCUCUUUUAUAUAUGAAGGGUUACCAUUCCUUGCAAGUAUAUCGAGUAGCGCAUGCUUUGUGGGGCCAGGGACGCAAAGUGUUGGCCUUAGCUUUGCAUAGUCGAGUUAAUGAGGUUUUUGGAGUUGAUAUACAUCCCGCUUCGAAAAUUGGAGAGGCAAUUUUAUUAGAUCAUGGAACAGGAUUGGUUAUUGGUGAAACUGCUGUCAUUGGAAACAGAGUUUCGUUGAUGCAAGGUGUAACAAUAGGAGGCACGGGGAAGGAAGUAGGUAAUCGCCAUCCCAAAGUAGCUGAUGGUGUGUUAAUUGGAGCUAGUGCAACUAUACUCGGGAAUAUAAGAAUUGGUGAAGGUGUUAUGAUAGCUGCUGGUUCCGUCGUGUUAAAAGAAGUCCCUCCACACAGCAUUGUGGCAGGUAUCCCAGCUGAGGUUAUAGGACAUCUAUGUGAGCUUGAACCCUCUUUAACCAUGAAGCAAGAUCAACUAACUAGCGAGGAUGAAAGAACAGAAGACAUGAAUUUCAAUUGA